UGCGGCCGCCCUCCCCAACCCUCCCAGGGUCAGCCGGGCCCAGAAGCCGGAAGCUGCGCUUCCCGUCGUCCCGAAGUGCGAGAAGCGCGGCCGCAGCCCCGCGCCGAGGAGCCCCGGGAGUCCACUCCCGGGCCUCGGUCUCCCCAUCUAUGUGACGCCACAAGAAGUCCUGAGACGCCGCCUCAACGCGGCCGACCCCUCUCUCGCGCGUGCAACACGUGGGCCUGCCGGGGCAGAGCUGCUUGUGCGCAGCGGGCUGGGUGCGGGACGCUCGGCAUCGCCCCGGCCCGGGGAGGCGGCUGCAGCCGGAGCGCCCGAGGCCGCCCGCCCUCCCCCGGCUUGGGGCGGGGCCGCUGCCCAGCCGCCCCUUUAUCUGCCGGCUCCGCCGACCCGGCCGCCGCGGCCUUCCCAGCUCGGCUCCGGCUCAGUUCCCACUGAGUAGUGGACAGGAGCCACCGAAGUUUGCCUGACACCAUCAACCAGGCCCUAGUCAACUGGCUUUGCCUUUGCCUUGCUGUGUGAUCUCAGCUCCCUGCCAAGGCCCACAGCCAUGGCCAUGGCCCAGAAGCUCAGCCACCUCCUGCCCAGUCUGCGGCAGGUCAUCCAGGAGCCUCAGCUAUCUCUGCAGCCAGAGCCUGUCUUCACCGUGGACCGAGCUGAGGUGCCACCGCUCUUCUGGAAGCCUUACAUCUAUGCGGGCUACCGGCCGCUGCAUCAGACCUGGCGCUUCUACUUCCGCACACUGUUCCAGCAGCACAACGAGGCCGUGAAUGUCUGGACCCACCUGCUGGCGGCCCUGGUGCUGCUGCUGCGGCUGGCCCUCUUUGUGGAGACUGUGGACUUCUGGGGAGACCCACACGCCCUGCCCCUCUUCAUCAUUGUCCUUGCCUCUUUCACCUAUCUCUCCUUCAGUGCCUUGGCUCAUCUCCUGCAGGCCAAGUCCGAGUUCUGGCAUUACAGCUUCUUCUUCCUGGACUACGUGGGGGUGGCCGUGUACCAGUUUGGCAGUGCCUUGGCACACUUCUACUAUGCUAUCGAACCCUCCUGGCAUGCCCAGGUGCAGGCCAUUUUUCUGCCCAUGGCUGCCUUUCUCGCCUGGCUUUCCUGCACUGGCUCCUGCUAUAACAAGUACAUCCAGAAACCAGGCCUGCUGGGCCGCACAUGCCAGGAAGUGCCCUCUGCCCUGGCCUACGCACUGGACAUCAGUCCUGUGUUGCAUCGUAUCUUCGUGUCCUCCGACCCCGCCAUGGAUGACCCAGCUCUUCUCUACCACAAGUGCCAGGUGGUCUUCUUUCUGCUGGCUGCUGCCUUCUUCUCUACCUUCAUGCCCGAGCGCUGGUUCCCUGGCAGCUGCCAUGUCUUCGGGCAGGGCCACCAACUUUUCCACAUCUUCUUGGUGCUGUGUACGCUGGCUCAGCUGGAGGCUGUGGCACUGGACUAUGAGGCCCGACGGCCCAUCUAUGAGCCUCUGCACACGCACUGGCCUCACAACUUUUCUGGUCUCUUCCUGCUCACGGUGGGCAGCAGCAUCCUCACUGCGUUCCUCCUGAGCCAGCUGGUACAGCGCAAACUUGAUCAGAAGACCAAGUGAAGGGGGGUGACAUCUAGUAGGGAGGGAGGUAUUGUGGGGGGACAGGGGUCUGGGCUUGGCUCCAGGUGGGAACAAGUCCUGGUAAAGUUGUGUGUGUCUGGCCCACAGUGACUCUCUGUGCACGACUCAACUCAAGGGCGUCACUGGCCAAUUCUUGGAUUUAGGGAUUGGCUGGGAGUUGCUGGGGUCCACUUCGGGGCCUGCCUCAGUUCCUUGUCCAGGGAGAGGGAAAGAGUUAAAGGUGUGAGCCACUCCAGCUUGCCCCUCCACUGCCACUCACUGGGGUGAGGCUGGGGAUCAGCUUGAUGAGGAUUGGGGCUUCUAGAUUGUCUAGGCAGGAGGUGAGACUUAGGCUAGAGUCAGAUUUGAGCUGAGCCAGGGUAGGCCUUGGCAACCCAUUUCUACUCAGAUUUCAUUGCUGGAUGCGGAAGGGGCAGGCCCAAAAUGUAUGCAGGAUCUUACUGUCCCUUGAAGCCCAGCCACAAGUGUUGGUGCUGCAGAGAGACCCCAAAGGUAGUAGACUGUGCCAGAUAGAAAUGGGUCCCAUCCAGUGCUUCAUACCCCUUCAGUCACCAUCCCAGACAGUGAGCCCCAGAUCUUCUAGCUCUGGCUUCUGUGUCCCACACAGCCUGUUUCCAGCGUCUUUCCUGGUUCCCUUGUUAAGGAUUCAUUUAUCCAUUCAGUGUUGAAUGGAUAAAUGGCCUGGGCCUCUGCUCAGAGGCAGGUCACCGCUGGGCCCUGUGGAUCAAUGCAAGAUGACAAAGACUUUUUUUUUUUUUUUUUUUUUUUUUUUUUGAGAAGGAGUUUCGCUCUUGUUGGCUAGGCUGGAGUGCAAUGGUGCAAUAUCGGCUCACUGCAACCUCUGCCUCCCGGGUUCAAGUGAUUUUCCUGCCUCAGCCUCCUGAGUAGCUGGAAUUACAGGCAUGUGCCACCAUGCCUGGCUAAUUUUCUGUAUUUUUAGUAGAGAUGGGGUUUCUCCAUGUUGGUCAGGCUGGUCUCGAACUCCUGACAUCAGGUGAUCCGCCCGCCUUGGCCUCCCAAAGUGCUGGGAUUACAGGCAUGAGCCAUCAUGCCUGGCCGACAAAGGCUUUGAUACCAGAAUGAACUGUCAAGAGAAGUGCUGAGGAGGGAUUAACCUGUGCUGCCUGGGACCCUCAGGGUCUUGGGUUGGGGAGUGUGAAUAGGAGUUUGCAGAUGGAGAAUAGGAAGGGCAUUCCAGGCAGAGGGAAACUUGUGCAGAGACCCAGAGGUGCGGAAGGAAAAGUGGGGCUGGGGCUGGGGUGGUCUGGAUUAUGGCCUGGAUGCAAUAAAGUGACUGUGACAGUAGCCGCCUCUUUGUUUUUUGUCUCCUGUUCAGGGAGGGGCCCCUGCUCACAUUACUGGAGGAGGUUUUUGGAGGAAGCUGGGGCCCCUGGGAGUGGACAUAGGGUGGAGGGAGCAGUUCUUGUUUUAUCUUUGCUGGGGGAUGGGGUUGGGGCCUUAUAUACCAUAUCUAUAUAUACAAAAUUUGUUUGGUAAGGGAGUAGGGGGCAGUUUUAUUACUAACGUUCUAGAAGUAGUUAAAAUAAUGUGUUUAAAAUAUAUAUAAUCCCACUUUAUAAUCUGA